UCUCUGUCUUCCUCUUCCUCUUUCUUCUUCUCCUACCUAUCUCUUUUCUUUCUUUUUCUCUUCAACCUGCCAUUGUUGUCAAGCUUCUUCAUCCCUCAACAAUGUCAAUGUCUGAUUCUGAGUCCGCUUCCAGCCGCAGAGGAUCUAACGAUUAUAAGAACUUCCGCAUGACUAGCCGUGAUCGGUUGUUAUAUGAGAUGCUCCAAUCAACCUCAGCUGAAUCAAAAUCAUGGAAGGUAUUGAUCAUGGACAAAGUGACUGUCAAAGUUAUGUCCGCAUCUUGCAAGAUGGCGGAUAUCACUGAUCAAGGGAUUUCAUUGGUGGAAGAUCUUUUCAGGAGAAGGCAACCAUUGCCCUCACUGGAUGCUAUCUAUUUCAUUCAGCCAACCAAGGAGAACAUAGUUAUGUUCUUGUCCGACAUGUCAGGGAGAGAACCUCUGUAUAAAAAAGCAUUUGUAUUUUUCUGCCAACCUGUUCCAAAGGAUUUAAUUAAUCAUAUCAAGAGCGAUGUGAGUGUGGUACCCCGUAUAGGUGCUUUAAGAGAGAUGAAUUUGGAAUUCUUUCCAGUUGAUAGCCAGGUUUUUGUUACUGAUCAUGACAUGGCUAUGGAAGAGCUAUAUGGAGAAGCUUCACAAAAUGCUCGGAAAUUUGAUGCUUGUAUGAAUGUAUUAGCAAUACGUAUUGCCACUGUCUUUGCCUCAUUAAAGGAGCUCCCCUUUAUAAGGUAUCAAGCUCCAAAGGAUCCAGAUGCAGCAGCCCCUAAUGAAAUACUUCCUUCAAAGCUUGCUUCAUUAGUAUGGGACCGUUUGACAACAUAUAAAUCAACAAUUCCCAAUUUCCCCCAGAAAGAAACAUGCGAGUUUCUUAUCCUGGACAGAUCUGUUGAUCAGAUUGCUCCGGUGAUACAUGAGUGGACUUAUGAUGCUAUGUGCCAUGACUUGCUGGAAAUGGAUGGAAACAAAUUGGUGCUUGAGGUCACCAACAAAGCAACUGGUCAACCCGAGAAAAAGGAAAUUGUUCUUGAAGAUAGUGAUUCUGUAUGGUUAGAGAUUCGACAUUUGCAUAUAGCAGAAGCCAGUGAACGCUUACACGACAAAAUGACCAACUUUGUAUCGAAGAAUAAAGCUGCAGCGCUAAGUCAAGCAUCAAGAGAUGGAGCGGAACUUUCUACACGUGAUUUGCAAAAGAUGGUUCAAGCUCUGCCACAGUAUACUGAACAGAUGGAAAAGCUUUCUCUGCAUGUGGAGAUUGCUGGAAAAAUAAACAAAAUUAUCAGAGACAUGGAACUUCGAGACCUAGGACAACUGGAACAGGAUAUAGUAUUUGGAGAUGCUGCAACGAAGGAGAUCAUCACCUUCUUAAGGGCACAUCAGGAUGCACCUUCUGAGAAUAAAUUACGAUUGCUAAUGAUCUAUGCAUGCGUGCACCCUGAUAAGUUUGAAGGAGACAAGGCCACAAAGUUAAUGCAGCUAGCCAAAUUGUCAGCGGAGGAUAUGAAGGCUAUUAAAAAGAUGAGGCUUCUAGCUGGAUCAUCGCAAAUUCAGAAGAAAGCUCCGGGGAGUUUCUCUCUAACUUUUGAUGGUCAGAGGAAAAAAGUUGCUGCGAGAAAAGAUAAAACCAUUGCUGAGGAGGAAACUUGGGCAUUAUCCAAAUUUUAUCCUAUGCUAGAGGAUCUCAUAGAAAGCGUGAACAAAGGUGAGUUGUCAAAGGAUGAAUAUCAAUAUAUUAAUGAACCCAAACCAGCUACCAGGGAGCGCAGUCAAAGUCAGAGUGCUGCAGUCAGCACAGCACCAACAGCAACAGCUGGUCCGCGUUCCAUGAGAUCAAGACGAACAGCAACUUGGGCUCGCCCUCAUCAUUCUGAAGAUGGAAGCGGUGAUUCGGUACUAAAACAUUCACCCAAUGAUUUUAAGAUGAUGGGAUCCCGUAUCUUCGUAUUCAUUAUUGGAGGAGCUACUAGAUCCGAGUUGCGCACUUGUUAUAAGCUCACAACAAAACUUAGGAGAGAAGUCAUACUUGGUGCGACGAGUAUAGAUGAUCCUCCACAGUAUUUAACGAAACUCAAGCUUUUAGGCCUUAAAAUUUAGGCAUUUCCUUGGCAAUAGGAAAAGCAGCAGAGAUGUUUUGUAUACUUAAUCAACAUAUAUUUGACCUUGUACCGCAAAAUGGCCCAUGCAUCAAGACAACUUGAUAGAGGUUGGUCGAUUUCAGAUUAAUUAACAUAGCUCAGGUAGAGAUUCUGCAUAUCCUUAUACUUUCUUCCAUUUAUGGGGAAGCUAUAGAUUAAAUAGGGAGUUGGGAUGGGAGAAGGUUUCAUCCUGCACUUUUUCUAGUUGUUGAGAAAGAUUUAAAUCAUUUUCAUAGAGAUAUACAAAAGUCCUCCUAUAUUAGAUUGUUUGGAUGUGGGGUGCUAUACAUAGUAUACAUUCAACUAAAGAUUGCAAUAUUAGCCUUCAGCUUCUGAUUUUUGUCAAUUAUUGUAUUCAAGGUUUUUUUAGUGAAAAUUCCCUUGUUAUGACAUUGAGAAAUGAAAGAUGACUUGUUCCAUUGUCCUAAUAGAGAUAUUAUUAACGUGUGUGUAUAUAU